GGAUAAUUAUAAUACAGUAGUAUACAUUAAUGUAUUCCAGAUCCAUUCAUAUAUACUACUGUAGUAUAAUUAUCCAGAGAAGAGAAGACUUCUCACAUUUUGUUGAAAACGCACACACCCAUCUGCUGCAUCCAUCAGACGGCGGAGCAGCUGUCAAGUUUUGUCAAAUGUGUUGUUUUCGUUCAGAUGUGACACCAUUCCCACUGUGAGACCGACAGAGAUAUCCCCCCGGGGCUGAGCUGGAGGUCGCGUGGGGGCACGACCUUCCCACUGCCCCUCUGGGCUUCCCAGAAACCCCAGAGACCCAAGUGGACACUGGGGCAGCUCGGCCUGGGAACUGGAGCCCGGCCAGAUAUGCAGCCUGAUGAACAGUCAGUUAGAAGGAAACCUGAUAGAAACAUAUGACUUCAUAUCAGAGGAACACUGACGGAGUCUAGUGCCCUCCCAGCAAUGAGGCCAGAAGUGGGGAACCCCCGUGUGUGCGGGUGCAUCUGUGUGCGUGUGCACCCUGCUUGACAGCCAGUGACGCUGAGUGUGACGUUGGGGUUAUGUGUCGGUGUUAUGGGAGCCAGAGGAGUGGGUAGGCAUAUCUCACACACACACACACACACACACACACACACACACAGACACACACACACACACACACACGCACACACGCACGCACGCAUGAUACUAAAGUGGGGCCACGGCAGGUCUUGCCGUUUCACCCACAGAGCCAGAUGACAAUAAGCAUCAUAACCUUCCCACCGUCUCCUGACUCUGGAUCAGUAGUUUGAUUGUUUCAUCGGCCGACUAAGCAGACCAGCAAAUGCAUGAACCACCGAUGGCUCACAUUUACACUACAACUUUGUACAAAAAGACCCCUCACAAAGUCGAUGCUUGAUUCAUAUCUUCCCGUUUAUUCACACAAGUGGGCUGUUGGAGUACGUGUGCGGGCCCAUUCAGAGUGGAAUAGUGUGGCCAUUCUCACACUCAGCCUAUUCUCCUCUCCUGUCACUGACAAUAAACAGUGCUGGUGACGGCAUCCACGGCCUUCCUUGUAUUGUCCCACGCAGAGGGGCCGUGAGGCGGCAGCUGCUUCGCACACACAUGACAACGACGCACUUCAUCCACUCAUAUGAGAUCUGUGUGUUAACAUGGCAGUGAUCUACGUGUUAAACACAACUGAGGUUUACUGGUAAAUACACAACUUGGUGAACUAUAGCCAGAAAACUAAAGAGUUCUGUCAUGAUCAGAAGAAGCCCCUGAUUUGUUUAAAGGGAGUCCAACAGUUGUACACAUCAAAGUCGGUUCUCAGGAUUUGGGGUGAUGAGAAUUGUACAAAGGGGAGAGGUGAAGGGGGCAAAAGGUAUUUAUUGUAAGGACCAUAGAAGAAGAAAUGAAGGAAGAAGGACUUUGAACUUGAACUGUGCAGAUACAGUUUACAUAUAGCGGUAUGGAGACCUUCCUAGUCAGAUAUUAACUAUAACUUAAUAGAUUUUGUGUAGUUAUAUAGAAAAGACUAUACAUUAUCAGAGAGCUCCACAUGUCGGCUUAAGGGCCACAAUAACUGCUACCAGCAUAAGACACCGGAAUCCUUGGUCAAUGGCUGCAGUUGAAUUUCAUUGCGGGUAAUGUGCUCGCAAGGCUUUGACGAGGAACAAUGUGCUGGAGUAAAAAAUGAAUUGAUUUUUACACAGGAGUGCGAUGCUAAAUCAACGGAGUAGACCAGGUUCACUGGUCAUACAGAGAUCCCCUCUUAUGGAACAUGACUCCAGGUGAUGAGGGAGAAAAAGUCAAACAAAGUAGGUGUCUCCCAGAGUUAUGGUCUUCUUACAGUGACAUUCCCUGCACGUGUUAAUGGCUACCAUACCUCCACUCAGGAAAACACUGUCUGGGUGAAACAAGAAAAGGAGUAUUGCACUAAAACCACAGACCUUACAGUGACAUGGGCCUACCGACUGGACUCGAACUGCUGAAGCCAAAUAUUUGCCUCAGCUGCAUUUUCACACAAUGCAAUUAGACACGAACUAAAGAAAAAACACCCAAUAGCUACAUCUAUUUUUUUCAAAUAAUGUUUUAUUGUUCAUAACAAGCUAAAACAAUAGACAAAAAAGCAACAAAAAGAAGAAUACCAAUAAAACAAACUAAUGUAUAGCCUAGUAGCCUGCUGUAUAUACCAUAAGGAUUUAGGGUUCAUCAACUACUAUAAACACAUUAUAAAAAUCGUUUAUGACUGAUAUGAAUUUCUUGGGAAAGAGAUUUAUUGUAGUGGUGUAUUCAUUGCGCAAACGGAAAUCGCAACCUUACGUCUGAGCGCGCGCAGUGUAGUGAGUAUGAUGGAGUCGGACAAAAAGGAAGGAGGAGGAGUUUCAACGGGACUGUUGUGAGUGCAAGAAGGCGGAGUUCGGUCAUUCAAUAGAAGAGGAAAGCUUGCUGACAGACAGAGGAGGACGAUUUGGAGUUUGGAGUUGAGCGGUAGAAAGUGUGCAUGCGCGUUGAAGGAGGAGAUCUUUUUUUCAGCGGGGAUCUAAGAUUUGAUUUUAAAAUACAGGAACGUCUUUUUCUUCUUCUUCUUUAUUCCUUGGCGGAUUAUACCCGAGCUCUGAUGCUGUCCCCGGAUCAUGAAAGAAACGCUCACCAUGAAAUUCGCCUGGAAAAGUAAAAUGAGCUCGGUGCAGGACUGGGGGGAGGAAGUCGAGGAAGGAGCCAUCUACAAUGUGACACUGAAGAGGGUUCAGAUUCAGCAGGCGGCCAACAAGGGGGCGAGAUGGCUAGGGGCGGAGGGGGAUCGCUUGCCUCCCGGCCACACGGUGAGCCAGCUGGAGACCUGCAAAAUCCGAAGUAUCCGCGCUGGAACGCUGGAGCGUCUGGUGGAGACGUUAUUGACGGCGUUUGGAGACAACGACCUCACCUACACCUCCAUCUUCCUGUCCACCUACAGAGCCUUCGCCAGCACACAGACUGUCCUGCAGCUGCUGCUAGACAGGUAUGGAACCGUGGAGGAAAAUCAGCAAGAUGCAGGCAAAUGCAAAGGCUCUGAACCCAACGGAGCCAUCAGAAGUGCCUUGGCCUCGAUCCUGCGUGCCUGGUUGGACCAGUGUCCCGAAGACUUCCAGGAGCCCCCUGACUACCCGUGUCUCCACAGGCUGAUGGACUACCUGCGCAGGACCCUGCCAGGCUCUGAGGCUCUUAGACGGGCAGAGGGUCUGCUGGAGCAGCUGCAGAGUCAGGCCAGCAUGGAUGACUCAGAUGCUGGUUUCCACGGCAACAGUUCUUUCUGCCUGGGGGAAGAGGAGGAAGUGGAGAUCGAGGUCCGGGAGGACUUCCUGUCGUUUGAGUCCGACCUGGUGGCUGAGCAGCUGACCUACAUGGAUGCGCUGCUGUUUAAAAAGGUUGUGCCCCACCACUGCCUGGGCUCUGUUUGGUCUCAGAGGGACAAGAAGCACAACAAGCACAGCGCCCCCACCAUCCGGGCCACUAUCACGCAGUUUAAUGCUGUGGCGGCCUGCGUGGUCAGCACAGUGCUGAAACACAGGCAGAUCAGACCGCAUGUCAGAGCACGGGUCAUCCAGCGCUGGAUAGACAUCGCUCAGGAGUGUCGAAUACGCAAAAACUUCUCGUCUCUGCGAGCCAUUGUGUCCGCGCUGCAGUCCAACCCUCUGUACAGGCUGAAGAGGGCAUGGGCCUGUGUGCACAAAGACAGCAUGCAGACAUUUGAAGAACUGUCGGACAUUUUCUCCGAUCACAACAACUACCUGACCAGCAGAGAGCUCCUCAUGAGGGAAGGCACUUCAAAGUUUGCCAGUCUGGAGAGUUGUGCCAAGGAGCACCAGAAACGCACCCACAAGAGACUACAGUUGCAGAAGGAAAUGGGAGCCAUGCAAGGAACAAUACCAUACUUGGGGACCUUUCUAACUGACCUGACCAUGCUGGAUACAGCCCUGCCUGACCUAGUAGAGGGCGGUCUGAACAACUUCGAGAAGAGGCGCAGGGAGUUCGAGGUCAUCGCUCAGAUCAAGCUGCUCCAGUCGGCCUGCAACAGCUACUGUCUGAGUCCAGAGCCGGCCUUCCUCCGCUGGUUUAAGAGCCAGGUUCUGCUCAGUGAGGAGGAAAGCUACGCCUUGUCCUGCGAGAUUGAAGGUCUCGGUGACAGCAGUCCAACCUUAGCCAAACCUCGAAAAAGCAUGGUGAAGAGACUCAGCCUGAUGUUUCUUGGACCAGACAACAAUGCAGCCAGUUCUCCCGUCAGAGAGAUGCUGCGCUCGCCUCCUACUGGCAGCUCAGGGGAGAGCAUGGACUCCGUGAGCGUGUCCUCCAGUGACUCCAGCAGCCCGUCCGACAGCGAGGGCAUCACCCCCACUCACCCCUCUGACUCCCAGCACAACAAGCUGUCAGAAUCCUCCUCUUGUAAUUCACUCCACUCCAUGGACACCAGCUCGUCGACAGCCAGCGUCUCCGUGACUCCCGCAUCUCCCUCAUUCCCCGGGCCCCCCUGCACCCAUAGACGCUCCAUCUCUCUCACAGCCAUGUCCCCUGGCACCCCGAGUCAAACCCCGGCUUAUAACACCCAGGCCCAAGAUGCAUGCAUCAUAAGAGUGAGCCUGGAGCAAGGCAACGGGAAUCUCUACAAGAGCAUACUGUUGACCAAUCAAGACAAGACUCCGGCUGUAAUUUCUAGAGCCACGGCGAAGCACAACCUGGAGGUGGAGCCAGAGGAGGGAUACGAGCUGGUACAAGUCAUCUCUGAGGAGAGAGAACUGGUGAUCCCAGACAACGGCAACGUCUUCUACGCCAUGAACACCUCCGCCAACUAUGACUUCCUGCUGCGGGUGCGAGGCUCGGCGAGUCGGCCGGUCCAGCUGCGGAGCCGCUGUAGCUCCACGCUCCCUCGCGCCCAGCACCGCUCCAGCCUGUCGCUGAGACUCAGCAAGGUCACGCUGUGACCCCGGACUGCAGGGACCCAGCGGUUCGCCCUUACGCCUACUAAUCCAGGAUCCUACAGGGCACCAAUUUGAUGUGGACUGUUGGAUUUUAGAGGAAGAUGCUGGAGGGAUGAAUGGACGAGGAGCUCUGGAGGAACCAAGAAGGAACACAAGGAGUCUUCAGACUUUUUAAGAGCUCCACUUUGACUCUCUUCUUGCGGCUUGAGUCUCACCCUGAACUGUGACCAUCCCUCCCUGUCCUUUUCCCAGCCUUAAUACGGAGCAUGGAUGUGUAAGCGUGACUGACUGCUGUGCCGGUGGGACUUGACUUUUGACUAGUGAUGCCUGUGUCCGAGUGAAACAGCGACCCCGAGUGGCCUCCGCUCUUUACAACAGCAGGUUUUUGCACAUGUUAUGGGAGCAGCCGAACUCCUGACCUCCAACAGUAUUCUGAUAGUGACCGAACUUCUGUUUGUCUUGUGAAGUCUGUGUAGCUGAAUAUUCCCUUUAGUGGUAAUAGAAGUGUGAUGAAUGCAGAAAGAGAAGAGGGAUGGUGGAAUAGAAGGAGAAGUGGACCGAGUGUCCAGUCCUGUUGCCUUUACCGAUGAAUGAAUGAAUGAAUGAACGGACCUCUGAGAGUAUUUCUGAAUGAUAUUAAUUGAUUAAUUGAUUGACAGGAGCUCUGAUGUCAUUAUUUUACCUAGUCGGGCAUGUUUACCUGCCAUUUCCGGCUCGUGCACAGUGUGCACUGUGUUUGUGUGUAUUCAGCCCCUCUCAUGUUGUGAGCUGUGUGACGAAUGUUCCGUGCAUUCUGAUUGGUUCCCUUACUUGGUUUUAACAAGUCCAUGGCAACUAUUAUAACGGCCUUACCUGCCCCUAUCGUCGGGGUUUAGAGAUGAAAUCUGUGCUGCUUUCUAAUCCAGAAAGAUGUUCCCUCACCUCCCCACAUUUUCAGACUUGUUUUUAAAUAAAUAAAUAAAUAAAUAAUUAGAUGUGCAAGAACAGGGAGGAGGAAACGGACUUCCUGGAAUGGAAAAAAACGCCACGCAGAGUGUCAAACUGAUUUAUACUUGUACCUCUUUGCCCUUCAUUAUAUGAACUAUAGAGCUGCACUUGUCAGUUGGUAGGAGAUGCCAACGGGAUGUGAAUAUAGAAGAGUGAACAAGCCGCGCUGUAAGUGGUCCCCCCCACCCCUCUUCACUAAAUUAAUUUCUAUUUCUGUUUGUAAUCGUGGCUUUUUACAUGUUUUCGUAACACAAUUCAAACCAGACACGUGUGCCAGAUUGGAAAGCGGCAAAGUAGAUGUUAACGGAUUCAGAGGGUCAUUAAAUAAAAGACGGCAGCGCCAGAUUCUACUGUGAUGCACGUGGAAAUCUUUACUUAGGGACACGUCACUUCACUGCACCAAAGCCAAGCACCUCCUCACACAGUGAACACCCAUCUGUUUCCAACACCAUCAUAGUUUCACAUAGCGACACUUCUCACCUGUCAUUUGCAGAUAAACACUCCUUUGAGCCUCUUUUUUUUUUUCUUCUGUCUCUUUCCGUUAUAAUCCACUCCUGCAGAUCGUACACGCUUAUAGUGCCAAUUUGUCCAACCAGUUAAUGUUCCUUGGUUCGAUGUUACAUUCCCUCUGGGAGAACUGGUUCACUGUUGGACUUGUGUUAAUGGUCCAGUUGGGCCAAUCGUUUGUCUCCGUGCAGCACUUCACUUUAAAAUGUUCUCAUUAAAUCGCCCUCACUUCCUGUGUUCUUCACUGCCAAAGACUCUUACUCUACCUGAAUAAAUAAAUUAUUAUCAUUGUUA